AGAGAUGGCAUGACCGAGCGGCUCACUAUGGCGGCGGACCCCCUGGCAUGGACGCCCAAGCAGUGGGCGAGGGCCGCUGCCCGCGCGUCCGCCCCUCGCGACCACAGGGCCUCCGGCAACACCUUCUUCUCGUGGCUGACGGUGCUGCUUAUGUGGCUCUGCUGGUGCCGGAGCGCGGAGGCGUCCCGCUGCGUGAAGUUCUCGAAGAAUAACAUGACAGAGCCUCCACCCAAGUAUGUGUAUGACAAGUCCGAGCAGCUCCAAGUGCCCCUGACGCUGGACACUUCCCAGAGGCUUUCGCAUCAGCUGACAACUGCAGUUGUCAAGAUUUUGCUCGAGGAAGGGCUUGGCUACCAGAACGUAACUAUUAUAAAGUACGAAGAGGAUUCAUUCAAUUCAGAAAUUGCGCUGAGUCGACUAAAAUCUCCAUCCAAGCACAAAAGCAAGCCCCCGACGGCCAUGAUCAACUUGGAGGUGUGGCUGCCGCCGAGGUUCCUCGAGGAGGAUAACAUCGUCAAGAUGGACUGUGGCUCCCAUGCCUCUGGCAGCAGAUUCGGUUGGUACAUCUCGAACAACAGCUACACUCAGACUGAGCAGAUCAUGGACCACUGGCGUUCCUUCCAGCGCGUGGAUGUUGUCCGAAUAUUUGAACUCACACAAGAAGAAGACACCAUACUGCAGAGAGACUUUACGAAAUCUGAAGACCAAUUCUUCUGCCAGCAUCCUAACUGUACUGAUGGGAUUUUUACACCACCGAUUUGCCGGGAGGGACCAUGUGCCACACUGCUUGUCGGUGACUAUAAUGAUUUUUCUGCAUUUCUUGUGGAUCAGGUGAUGGACCAGCACCUGCGAGUCCGCGUGGCCUGGAUUGGCCCCAAUCUCAACCAUCAGUUCCUGUGCACGUUCCGAAGUCCCAAACCGCUAAUGUUUUUUGACUGGUGGCCAAAUCAACUCUCAAAUUUAGAAGAGUUUAUGCCAGUAUCAUUUCCACCUUGCAGUAGCUACAAAGGGAUGAAUUCGUCGUAUUUAUGUAAUUAUGAAUUGCAUUCUUUGAAGAAAAUGAUCUGGAGAAAUUUACCUGAGACUGCAAAAGUAGCUGUGGAGCUUGUGAAGCGGUUUUAUCUGAGUGAGGAAGACUACAGAGAACUCCUGAGUCUCUAUACAAACAUGACGUCGACGUGUGGACGGAAUGCCUCCUUGAUUACAAAAUCACAGAGUGAAAUUAUCGAAGACGUCGCAUGCCAGUGGCUGCAGCGAUCACACAGCAAUGGAACGGAGGUUUGGGUAGACUGGCUGCCGCACGAUUACGCUGCCAAAACGGUUCUCUGGAUCGGAGGAAUCUUCCCCGUGAACUCGAAGAAAAACAAUGGAUUUACAAGCGCAACGCUCCUCAAGGCCGCAUACAUGGCGACGGACCGAGUGAACAAUAAUUCCGAGAUCCUGCAGGACUAUGACAUCAAACUAAUGGUUCAGAACGGCGGAUGCAAGAGUGAAUACGUUCUGGCUUCGUUCAUCCACUACGUUCGCAGCGAGACAGGAAGCCCCCCCCUCGAGCAGAUGAUCGGAAUUCUAGGUGAGGCUUUGGCGGAGGACUUCGCGCCGAGGCCUUCCAGUGAUUUUGCCCCUAAUAGGUCAUUCAGUUUUGGCAACAUCUCACAUGAUUGCAAGGUUGAACCGCGAAUGAAUGGACACAUUUCACCAAAAUAUUUACAAGCUAUAGAAGAUAAACCAAUGACAGUAAAUGUGCAUCCACAAGAAACGGAACACUGGACUGGUACAGGCGGUGUCUUCCGAGACCGUGGGUUUGCUGGCGAGGUAGCGAGUCUGAGCACAGAGCCUUGUCAGCCGUUUUGGAAAAGUUGCGAAGUUUGUGGUCUAUUUAAUGGAACGGCUUUUGAGAAAUAUCCGUAUUUCUUCCGAACUAUCCCGGAAAACAAGAUGUAUGGAUUUGUGUACUCGGAGUUAUUCAAGUUGUUUGGGUGGAAACAGGUGGCAUCGCUUACUGAAGAUUGUAACAAGUACAGUGAAUAUCUAACUCUGCUGCAGAACAUGUUGCCCAAGGGAGUUAAUCUAGUCAAUCGCAAGUUUCCACGCGCAGCCAAGAGGAACAUGACAGACCACUUAUUAAAGUUGAAAGACAAGAAUUUGAAGAUUAUCAUAGCUGAUUUCUACGCCGGUACCGCAAGGGAGGUUCUGUGCGAGGCCUACCACCUCAACAUGACGGCCAAGAACGAUUACGUCUGGUUUUUGCCGAGGUGGUUCGCGAGCAACUGGUAUGACACAGAGUACUACGCUAAGGAUGAUGCGAAGAAAAUUCCUUGCAACAAAUCAAUGAUGAUUGAGGCAGUGGACCGGCACAUGGCCCUGGGCUACGCUUACUACGCCCACGACGACUUCAAGUACCACGAGGGCAAGACGGUAGGCGAGUGGCGGGAGGAAUACAAAGCUGAUUACCUGAAUCACAGUCAGAGUUUAACGGCGGAUUACGCGGGCUACACCUAUGACGCCGUUUGGACGUACGCCUUCGCUUUGGACAAGCUGCUGAAGGAAGACGAAACGCACGUGUCAAACCUCCACAGUCCGAGAACAAACAAACGCUUUGUGGAGAUCAUUUCGCAGACGGAAUUCGAUGGCGUCUCGGGACACAUCAACUUCAAGGACGGACCGUCUCGGGAUGCAACUAUAAAUAUAAUGCAGUAUGUUUUCGACUACAACACCAUGACAGGGCAAUACAGGACGGUGGGCACCUUCACCAGCAAUGAUUCACAGAAAAAAAUACUGAACAUGGAGAAGCAGAACACGAAGUUCUUCAACGGCAUUCCCGGCGACGGCUCGCUGCCCAAUUCCUGUCUGUUCGAAACCUUCAGGCAGAUCCUGGACGUGCGGUGCGAGGUCGCCAUCGUCAUUGUCAUGGUCCUCAUAUUUGCGGUGUUUGCCAUGAUACUGAUCGGGCUAUUCAUUGUCUACAAGAAGCGGUUUGAAAAGAUGCUGCCCGAGCAGCCGGCCUGGCCGCUCGGAGAACUGAUGUCCCUGGACGAGUGGGAACUUCCUCGAGAAAAGGUUGUGAUUAAUCGCACCAUUGGCGAGGGCGCCUUUGGCACUGUGUUCGGAGGUGAGUGUCAGUUUGGGGAGAACUCCCCAUGGCUGGCAGUGGCAGUCAAGACGCUGAAGGUGGGCUCGACAGUUGAGGAGAAGCUGGACUUCUUGGGCGAAGCGGAAAUGAUGAAGAGAUUUACUCACGUGAACGUCGUUCAGCUCCUUGGACUCUGCACUCACCAGGAGCCCAUCUAUAUGGUCAUGGAGUUUAUGCUCUAUGGUGACCUGAAGACAUACCUGCUGGCUCGGCGGCACCUCGUGUCGGACAAGACUGUCCAUAGCGAAGAGGACGAAAUAAGCAGCAGGCGAUUGACCUCGAUGGCGCUGGAUGUGUGCCGUGCGCUGGCGUAUCUCACCGAAAACAGAUAUGUUCACAGAGAUGUGGCCUGUAGGAACUGCCUGGUAAGCGCCGAGCGGAUUGUCAAACUCUCCGAUUUCGGAAUGACUCGACCCAUGUAUGAAAGUGAAUAUUACCGUUUCAACAGACGAGCUAUGUUACCUGUACGCUGGAUGUCACCCGAGUCAAUAGAAGAUGGCCUCUUCACCAACAUGAGUGAUAUGUGGUCCUACGGCGUCCUGCUGUAUGAAAUCAUCACUUUCGGCAGUUUUCCAUUUCAGGGAAUGUCCAACAAUCAGGUAGUAGAGCAUGUACGAGCAGGGAACACAAUCACUAUACCCAGUGGUGUGAAACCGCAACUAGAGAGGCUGCUGAUGAGCUGCUGGAGUAAAUGUCCUCAGGAUCGUCCCACUUUCAACGAAAUGGCCGAAACUCUCACAAUGUGGCCACGCCUUAUCACGCCGUGCUUAGAGGUGCCGUCAGCCGCAGUUCAGCUUAAUGAUACAGAUUCACUGGAAAUUGUGCUUCCAGCUGCUGACCAGCCGUGUCGCCGGAGCUCGGCGCCCACGGCACGUCUUCCCAACCCACGCGUGAGGCAUACGUCAGGGGGUGACAGCAUCCCAGCGUCAAGUAAUGUCCAAGGAAACAUCUUAUCUCGCGGCCAAAACGUCCCCCUGCUGUCCACCACGAGCACGCCGGCGCCGCCAACGACCCUAAACGUUUCCAGCUGGAAUCGAGCCCCGCAGGAGAAUGGAGGCGGGCCGUCCGUGGAGCCUCUGCUGCCCCAGAAUGGAGACGGCUACAUGUCACGCUAUGUGUGUCUUCAACGUACAAAGUCCGGCGAGAAUAAUAGUGAUUUAGAUUCUCCAUAUAACAAGAAUUUGUAUUUGGAUUCGCCCAAUAUGACUGCUGUUUAACUUCAUGGCAGUGAAAUGAUACACCAGUUACCCUUAUUUCUUAGUGCAAGUAACAGUGUUAUCUAAGAUAUUUAGUGAAAAUUCUCUUGAUAUGUUUAUCUUGAGUGUCAUAUUUUAAUUUAGUCAUACUGACAACCCUGCUGUUUGGUAUUGACAAAUACCCAUUAAGCACCAAGUCAGCUGCUGCCGUUACUGGGAAUGAGCAGGUAAUCUAUAAUGAAAUUAUAUAAUAUAUAUUUUCUCUCUAUUUCAAAUACCAUGUUAUGUGCAAUUCCUGUGUGUAUACUGUACCUUAUGAAGAACUGCCCCAAUUCUUUGUGCAGUUCAGCUCGAAGGUACCACUGUAGACAGUUUUAAUUGAGGUAAGCUGUCACUGAGUGAUAAUGCAUACACACUAACGCACUGUCAGUGCUACAGAUCUGAGGUUGACUUAUACAGUAUGAAUAAUUUAGGUGCUAUGUGAUGGUGUUCAGUGGAUCACAACGAAAAAAUGCCUGGUACAAUGAUUGUCUGUAUUUUGCAUGUAGGAUAUAUAUUUGAUUCACAUCAACCGUCUUGUCUUGUGAUCGUAUGUACUGUCAUCAAAGGUACAAUGAUGCAGUUAUGAAUAUUUUUUGAAGAGACUGACAUGCAUCCUACUUUCAUGUUUGUCUUUUGUUCUGGUCAUAUGUUUUAACUGCAUUGCCUAGGAUCAUUGUAACAGGCCAAGAAAAUAAAACAAAUGUCUAACCAGCAAGAUAUAUAACCAAGCUACUGCUUUUAGCAGAUAUAUUUUUCACAUGCUUUUACAGUGAGGUGCCAAAAAAUGUACAAAUGAUCAAUAUAUAGUAGUUUAAUUAGUAGUUAUCGCUUGAUGUAUUUUUGUUUUCAAGAGAAAUAUAGUUCCUGAGAAACUGCCUCAUUAAAACUGUGUAAUCAUUAUAUGAUUUAAAGAUUUUAUGUAUAAGACCUGUUAUUUUGCUCAGAAAUUCUAUGACUAUUAAUUUAGAAUUUAUUUGGAAUAAAAUUGUAGCACAGUCUUGAAUAUUCA